CGCGUGGGGCCAGCCUGCCUUCCUGAGGACGGGGAGCCGCUCCCGGGCGUGAGCCAGCGCUGUCAUCUCCGCGGCUGCUGUCCCUCCCGCCUUCCCGGCGCGAUGACAACCCCGGCUCUGCUGCCUCUUUCUGGGCGCCGGAUCCCGCCUCGCAACUUGGGUCCGUCCUCCUCCUUCCCUCACCACAGGGCUACCUUGAGACUGUCCGAGAAGUUCAUCCUGCUGCUGAUUCUCAGUGCCUUCAUCACAUUGUGUUUUGGGGCAUUCUUCUUUUUGCCGGACUCCUCGAAACACAAACGGUUCGACCUGGGCUUGGAAGAUGUCUUGAUUCCUCACGUGGAUACCAGCGACGGUGGGAAAAACGCAGGUGGCUUCUUGAUCCAUGGGCAGGGCCACGACCAGCACAGGCACAGGGAAGAAGAAGAACGUUUGAGAAAUAAAAUUCGUGCAGACCAUGAAAAAGCACUAGAGGAAGCAAAAGAGAAACUGAAGAAGUCAAGAGAUGAAAUCCAAGCAGAAAUUCAGACAGAGAAAAAUAACAUUGUAAAGAAUUUGAAAAGCAAAAACAACAAUCCUCUGCCACCAGUCCCUGUGCCAAAUCUUGUAGGAAUAAACAGUGGAGAUCCAGUGGAUCCAAGUAUCCGAGAAAAAAGGGAUAAAAUUAAAGAGAUGAUGAAACAUGCCUGGGAUAAUUAUCGGCAAUAUGGAUGGGGGCAUAAUGAAUUGAAACCUAUUGCUAGGAAAGGACAUUCCACAAACAUAUUUGGCAAUUCCCAGCUGGGAGCAACUAUAGUAGAUGCGUUGGAUACCCUCUAUAUAAUGGGCCUUCAUGAUGAAUUCAGAGAAGGACAGGAAUGGAUUGACAAUCACCUUGAUUUUAGCGUGAAUUCAGAGGUAUCUGUCUUUGAAGUCAACAUUCGUUUCAUUGGUGGCUUGCUUACAGCCUAUUACCUCUCAGGACAGGAGGUAUUCAAGGUGAAAGCUGUGCAACUAGCAGGAAGGCUCCUCCCUGCCUUCAAUACACCCACAGGGAUUCCUUGGGCAAUGGUGAAUUUGAAAAGUGGUGUAGGUCGCAACUGGGGCUGGGCUUCUGCUGGCAGCAGCAUCCUCUCAGAGUUCGGUACGCUCCAUAUGGAAUUUGUACACCUCAGCUAUCUGACUGGCAACCCUGUCUACUAUGAAAAGGUCAUGCAUAUUCGUAAAUUGCUCCAGAAAAUGGACCGCCCUAAUGGGCUUUAUCCAAACUACUUGAAUCCAAGGACUGGGCGCUGGGGUCAGCAUCACACAUCCAUGGGUGGUUUGGGAGACAGUUUUUAUGAAUACUUGCUGAAAGCUUGGUUGAUGUCAGAUAAGAUGGACGUGGAGGCAAGGAAAAUGUAUGAUGAUGCUAUUGAGGCUAUAGAGAAGCAUCUUAUCAGAAAGUCUAAUGGGGGCCUAACUUUUAUUGGGGAAUGGAAGAAUGGGCACCUCGAGAGAAAGAUGGGCCAUCUCACAUGCUUUGCUGGGGGAAUGUUUGCCCUUGGAGCUGAUGGUUCCCGAGAUGAUAAGGCCGGACAUUACCUACAGCUUGGAGCAGAAAUUGCACAUACAUGCCAUGAAUCCUAUGAUAGGACAACUUUAAAACUGGGCCCUGAAGCUUUCAAAUUUGAUGGUGGUGUGGAGGCAGUAGCAGUGCGGCAAAAUGAAAAAUACUACAUAUUGAGGCCGGAGGUGAUUGAGACCUAUUGGUAUAUGUGGCGAUUCACACAUGAUCCUAAGUACAGACAGUGGGGCUGGGAGGCAGCACAGGCCAUUGACAAAUACUGCCGAGUGAGUGGUGGAUUUUCUGGAGUCAAGGAUGUCUAUUCCUCAGCUCCUACAUAUGAUGAUGUGCAGCAAAGCUUCUUUCUUGCUGAAACUCUAAAGUAUUUAUAUCUGCUCUUCUCCAACGAUGAUCUCUUACCUUUGGAUCACUGGGUUUUUAACACAGAAGCUCACCCCCUGCCAGUUUUACAUCUAGCCAAUACCACACUUUCAGGAAAUAAUGCAUAUCGAUAAAAACUAUUCCAGGAAAAGGACAGAACAAUCUAUUUUAGCUGUGUUUUGUUUACAUGGACCACUUCAGAUUUCAGGCUUGAGAGAAGACUUACAUGUGUUCAAAUGAUACCUUCUGAAUGAUGAGAAAGGAUCAGUACUGCACUCUUAAGCAUGUAGAUAAUUUAAAAAUUCCAUUUUAUACGACCAAAACAAUUUGUGCAGUGUAUGUCAGAAAAAGACCUUGUAUAUUUGCAACCGAGAAGGUGGCGCAUGAUGUUUGAAGGAUUCAAAGGCUGUGUUAAUAUCUCAGCGACAGGAGCAAGCUGCAACUAUUGUGAUGGAACUUUGUAGCAAACGUUCUUCUGCCCAGAUGACAUGGAUUCCUGAUAGAUGGUCAUUUGCUUUUUUUUCCCCUCGUGGUGGCAUGAGCAAAACAACGCAAGGCAACAAAAGUGCACUAAUAGCACCCAGAUUUCAAGUUCUUUGACUGCUGUUUUGAAAUUUCUAAACAUCUUCAUCAGUCUAUUCAGACUGUCAACCAUUCCCAGUGCCUCUGAGACCCUUGCCUCUUUUUAUUACCAAUAAUGCUAUGGAUCAACCAUGUGUUCUUGUUGUUCAUGAGUAAAUGGGUUAGGGAAAGGAUCAGCACCUUUUUUCAAUCUGUCACUUUAGGGUUUGGAAAUCUUCAUUCAGUGCAGAAUUGUUUUUUGCACCAUCAUGACAAAAUUGCCCAGUGAUGUUUAUCAUUUGGCCAAGAUUCCUUUCAGCUAAGUUGCAAUAAUUAACAUUUGUCUGUGCAUCCUGGAAUUUCACAAGGAUCUCACUCUUUUUAUUUGUACAGUAUUCCAAAAGUGUAGAUCAACCCUGUAAAGAGACAUUCUUUACCCAUUUUAAUUCCUUUGAUUAAGACUUCACCUGGGUAUAAUGGUGCUUCUUUUGGGAUCUUUUGUAAAAGCUGGAGUCUGCAGAGGAGUUUUUCAGCCUUCACACAGAUAGUAGAAAUCCUGUCAUUUGAUCUUCAAGUAGCUGGAAACAAUAGCACCAAUGGCAACAGAGAACAGAUCAAUAUGAAUUUGAAAGUAAAAUUUAUUUUGCAAUACAUUUUUGUCAUUACUAGAUGUCACAGACAACACUUUGGGAUAGAAAUAGCUUUUUCAAAACUUAAAAAUGGAUCUUUCAGUGAGCUCCCCACUUCUGUUAAAGAAAAAUCUUGGGCAUACUUUUUUUCUGGGCAGGAUAUAUAAAAUAUUGUGUGAAUAUUGUUUAUGUAUAUUGGAAUCAAAAUUCUUGAUGAAUACAGAUAACACGCCUUUAUUAUUAUUUUUGUUGGUAUGCUUCCUUUUAAAAAAAUGCUGAAAUUUAAAAGGCUGGUUGGAAUAGCCUGUGCUGAUCAAGUUAUCUUAUUGGCACUUUGCCAUAUCUUAAGGACAUUACAAAUCUUCAGAUCAUUGAACCAAUCCAAUUACUGCAAAAGAUAAUUUAAUGCAUGUUGCAUAUUGCAGUCCCAGUGAGAAGAUCAGUACUUUCAAUGAGCACUGCAUACAGCAAGUGUGGUGCGGGGGGGGGGGGGGGGCUGGGAAUCUACCCAGCCAAAAUUGUGUUGAAUUCCACUGUGAAAUCCAGUAUAUUCUACAUGUUUCUGGCCCACAUAGUUGCACAGAUAAAUCUAAAACAGUAUUGGAAUCUUUGUGGACCAAUUAUGGUGAAAUAGUCCAAGUUGAAUUCCAAAUAUCAGGGCAUUGAAAUUGGCUAACUCAGCCUAUCCUGGGUCCUGGCAUUCAUUUUACUACUCUCCAUAACCACUUUUCACAUGUUCAUAUCCAGGCCUUUCUCCCCACUCCCCUCUCCUCCCCUCCCCUCCCUCCCCUUCACAAAAUCAGUGUUCCACUGAUACUACUUCUAUUUAUCCAUAUUAGACAAUUGAUAGUAUUCUUAAUGAAACCUGCAGCAAAUUUAUACAUGAUACCAAAAAUAUUUGUCUGCUGAAAAGUAAUAUACCAUAAGUGACUAAAAGUUCACAACUCUGAUAGAAUGAAAUUUGGCUUGAAAUUAAAUGAAAAUGUUUCCAGCUACGUCCUCCAUAUGGAAACAGUGAACAAAACAUACUAUCAUUGUGUUUGGAAUAUAAAAUCAUUGUAUUUUUUUUUUCUUUAGAUACAAACUAAACAAUAUUUUUCCAUUUUAGAUAGAACUGUAUGUUGUAAGCAGUGCAAUAUUUUCUUAGGAAUUGUUACAUAGUUCUUAAACUUCUUUGCAUAAUAGCAUCAUUAGCAACCCCAGUAUUGGGUUGAUGAUCAGUCAUCUUUCUUUUCCUUUGCUUCCAAAGUUAUUUUUACAGACCACUUUGCAUCUAGUGUACCAGUUUUCAUGUUUCUUUUCUCCUUCCCUGGCUGGUUACUACUCCGCAAGAGUGCAAUGAUGAUAAAAUGUGCGAUUAAAAAGUGAAUGUUAUCCUUCUGGGCUACUUGCAGGAGAAUGAUAAUCUUAGAUUUGUAUUAUAUUUCUACGUUCUGUGUUUAGUUUUUACACUUUCUUCUGAAGUCUCUUCAGUCUAAAAAAGUCUUAGAAAUUAAUAAAUAAAUCUGCAAG